UGCGUGAGAGGCAACUAGUUGCAUUCACUGAAGAGCGAGGAGUGUUUGGUUUCUCCCGCACCAGCCUCCUCCUCCAUCUACCCCCCCACCCCCGCCCCGAAUUUCUCCUCCCGUUUUGCUCCGCGUUGAUCUUUAUUUGUGUGUGGAGAAAGGGGUGGGGGGGACGACUUGUAGGGGGGAUGUUCUGUUUUGGCCAGAGGAACAGUGCAAAAGGGGAGCCUCGGCUCGGAGAAGGUACGAGAAUAAAUAAAUAAGGAGCGGCCUUAAAAUAAAGGUAGCGGCAUAUCCCGGCAGCGAGAAGACUACUGAGCUGUAAAUUGAAAGGAAGAUAAUUUCUGCUUGCGGAGGAAAAGAAAGGUGAAUAACCUCAAUGGAAGACUCUCAGGAUCUAAGUGAACAGUCAGUAAAGAAGCCGUGUCCAGAGUCCGAUGGUUCAGAGCCGCAGAAUCCCAGGUCUAUGGAAAUGCAGGAUCUAGCCAGUCCUCAUAAUCUUGUUGGAAGUAGUGAUGCAUCGGGUAGUUCCAAACUGGAUAAAUCAAAUCUCAGUAGCACAUCAGUCACAACAAAUGGAACAGGAGGAGACAACAUGACUGUGUUAAAUACUGCAGACUGGUUGCUGAGUUGCAGUACUCCCUCCUCUGCAACAAUGUCUCUUCUUGCAGUCAAAACAGAACCCAUGAACAACAGUGAAACAGCAACAACAACUGGAGAUGCAGCGCUUGACACUUUUACUGGGUCAGUAAUAACAAGUAGUGGCUACAGUCCCAGAUCAGCGCACCAGUACUCUCCACAGAUAUAUCCCUCCAAGCCCUAUCCGCACAUUCUUUCUACACCAGCAGCUCAAACAAUGUCUGCCUAUGCCGGACAAACGCAGUAUUCAGGAAUGCAGCAACCAGCGGUCUACACAGCCUACUCACAGACAGGACAGCCCUACAGCUUACCCACUUACGAUUUGGGUGUAAUGUUGCCAGGCAUCAAGACGGAAAGUGGGCUCUCGCAGACCCAAUCUCCUCUGCAGAGCGGGUGCCUCAGUUACAGCCCAGGGUUUUCCACCCCACAGCCAGGCCAAACACCCUACUCCUACCAGAUGCCAGGUUCUAGUUUCACACCAUCGUCCACUAUUUAUUCAAACAAUUCUGUUUCAAAUUCUACAAACUUCAGUAGUUCACAACAGGAUUAUUCGUCAUACACAGCUUUUGGCCAAAAUCAGUAUGCACAGUAUUACUCAGCAUCAACAUAUGGUGCAUAUAUGACCUCAAACAACACGGCUGAUGGCACUUCAUCAUCAUCAACCUACCAAUUACAGGACUCUCUCCCUGGCUUGACUAGUCAACCAGGUACAGAUCUACAUUCAGGGGAGUUUGACACAGUGCAGAGCCCCUCCACGCCAAUCAAAGAUCUUGAUGAGAGAACAUGUAGGAGUUCUGGGUCAAAGUCUCGGGGUAGAGGGCGGAAGAAUAAUCCAUCACCCCCUCCAGACAGUGACUUGGAGCGUGUAUUUGUUUGGGAUUUGGAUGAAACAAUCAUAGUUUUUCAUUCACUGCUUACAGGAUCAUAUGCACAGAAGUAUGGCAAGGAUCCACCCAUGGCAGUGACCCUUGGACUGCGAAUGGAAGAAAUGAUUUUUAAUCUUGCUGACACACAUUUAUUUUUUAAUGAUUUAGAGGAAUGUGAUCAAGUUCAUAUAGAUGAUGUUUCUUCAGAUGAUAAUGGACAAGACCUAAGUACCUACAGUUUUGCAACUGAUGGCUUCCAUGCAGCUGCAAGUAGUGCAAACCUUUGUCUGCCAACAGGUGUAAGAGGAGGGGUUGACUGGAUGAGGAAGCUGGCUUUCCGUUACAGAAGAGUAAAAGAGUUGUAUAAUACUUACAAGAACAACAUAGGAGGACUCCUAGGUCCUGCUAAAAGAGAUGCAUGGUUGCAAUUAAGAGCAGAGAUUGAAGCUCUGACAGACUCCUGGCUAACAAAUGCACUUAAAUCAUUAUCAAUUAUCAGCACAAGGAGUAAUUGUGUAAACGUGUUGGUAACAACAACCCAGCUUAUCCCAGCACUUGCAAAAGUUCUACUAUACAGCUUAGGAGGAGCUUUUCCUAUUGAAAAUAUAUACAGCGCAACCAAAAUAGGAAAAGAAAGUUGCUUUGAACGAAUAAUGCAAAGGUUUGGCAGAAAAGUAGUAUAUGUUGUAAUUGGGGAUGGUGUAGAAGAAGAACAGGCAGCAAAAAAGGAGCCGAGUGUGAGCUGGUACUCUGACAUCCACGCUGCCCUUGUUGCUCAUGCCUGGAGAAGCCCUGAACUCAUAUAUGGGUCUGGUAGACAAUGGCUCACCUAUGGACUGUGCCUUGCUCCAGAUGCAGCCUGAGAGACAAUUAGCAGCUCUUUGCUGUGUCCUUGAGACAAAAUACAUAAAAAAAACCAAUUUGAUGAUGUAGACACACAGUGUAUGCAUUUAAAUACCCAUGCCAGUUCACUCACUAAUGUGCUGUUCAGGAGACAGACUGGGCUACUGAGGAGCAAGUAUCCUGUCCAGUUGAAGAUCACCCUUAUGAAACUGUAAAUGUUUUUGAGAGAAGUACUUUUAUUUUUUUUAGUGAAAUAAUGAAUUUCAUUUUGAGGCAGUCCCUCCACAGUCUGCUGGCAGAGGCCAAAUUGGGAUCACAUAAUCGUCAGCACACUUAGAUGUGACAUUAUGAUCUUGGGAACUGUAUGGCAAGUGGCAGAGCCUUCAACCACAAGGAGCAGCUUGUAAGUAGUGGACUUCUUUGCAAGGGGUUAGAUUAAAGCAUG